CAUGUGACAAGGGUGGGACCGAAGCUCUAGUCCAAUCAGCAGGCGGGGCGGCGAGUUUGAAUUGAAGGAGGCGUGGGAGAGGAGAAGGACCGAGAAAAGGGGAAAGAGAGGAGUCUCGAAGGAAACGAAUCGUGUUUAGCGAAAAACAAACACAAAAACUGGAAGAGUUUCGCUGGUUUCCACGUAUCUCAACCCGGAGUGUUAGUUUUAUGCUGGUUACGGAUCAGUACGACGUCUGCAUAGUUUAUAUAAACCCGGGCGAUUACUUCGCGAUAUAAACACACUGCCCGUCCGGUUUACUGUAUUACAAUAAUACUGUCUUUAAUUUUUUAUUUUAUUUUAUUUUUUUUAAAUAUAUAUUCUGCUAAUAAUGUCGCAGAAGCAAAUUUAUUAUUCUGACAAGUACGACGAUGAGCAGUUUGAAUACAGGCACGUGAUGCUCCCCAAAGACAUUGCCAAGCUGGUCCCCAAGACUCAUCUAAUGACUGAAACGGAGUGGCGCAAUAUUGGGGUGCAGCAGAGCCAGGGCUGGGUGCACUACAUGAUCCACCAGCCUGAGCCCCACAUCCUGCUUUUCAGACGGCCUUUGCCUAAGAAGACGAUCGGCCUGUGAGGUGGGACUGGGUCGGACGCGCGCCAGUGGAUCCUUGUUUCCAUGACUGCUACACCUGGACCAGACACACUGCAUCACUGACUGCUGUUGCCAAUCACAAAAUGAACUCUUUUUUUUAAAUUUUCCUUUUUGCUUUUUUUUUUCAUUCUCAAUUGUUUGGUAAUUGCGUGAAUCCCUUUUCAAGGUUAGAGAUCAACCAAAUGAAACUGGUUUAGAGAGAGAGAGAGAGAGAGAGAGACCCUCAAACAAAACACAAAUACAUAUUCCUGUCAUAUUGCCCUGCCAUAAUGGCAGUGAUUCUAGCCUGGACUGGAGGGAGCACCCUUUCUCUUAGGGGGGUGAG